AUAUUUUUGUUUGUUAGCACUUAUUUGGUAAAUACUGUGUUCGUUCGUAUGUGUGGAGAUAACCUCGAAGGAAGGGAUGUAUCAAAACAUUGAUCGCCAUUACUAAGUACUAACUCCUUCCUCCCUCCGUCGACCAGCAAAAGAAGCUCGGCUGCUCAAUUAAAAGUCCAAUGAGUGGGACUCUCCUUCGGGUCUUGCCGGUCAUAGCUCGCAACCGCGGGCUUGCCAGCAGCUAUGUCGCAAAAAGGUUGGGAAUACUUAUGGGGAACACUUCUGUGAACUUGGGACUGGAGACUCAGAAAGUGGCAAGACUGUAUAGCAUUCAGAGAACAUCUGUAGUUGCUGCUUGUUCAGCUAAAAGAAACAAUGAGCAGUUUCUGGCAGUUCCUGGUUGUGCAAAUAUACAAAAAUGCCACUACAAAAACUUUGGGCAUCAAAAAGUGGAGAUUUCUAGAAGCAAGAAAUUAUUUUACUAUUUAAUUGGGAUAAUGUUUAUUGUUACUACAAUCAAUUGGGACUGGGUUAAAAAAUACUGGACUGUAGAUGCUGCUAGUGUGACUGAGGCUGAUAGACCCAAGGAGGAGGAGGAGGAAGCUGUUGAAGAAGACAGCUCCUUGGAUUCUUCAUCAGAAGAGACUGAAGCAGAAGAGGAUGCCAGUGAUAAGAAGAAGAAGAAGAAUGUGGGUUUCAGGGAUAGAAAGAUCAUAGAGUACGAGAAUCGAAUUCGGGCAUAUUCAACCCCGGAUAAAAUUUUCCGCUACUUUGCUACCUGCAAGUUAAUACAAAGGACUGCUAGUGGAGUUGACAGGACUGAGAUUUUCAUGACUCCAGAUGAUUUUCUGCGAGCGCUGACUCCGGGAAUGCAACAACCUCAGGGAUUAGGUCUUGACCAGUUUAAGAAGUAUGAUCCAAAGAAGAAGUGUGGCAUAACUCCAGGAGUGGAUGAAAUAUCAGGAGAGAUGCUUGAGGAGGAGGAGGUAGAAAUGUCGGCAGAAGAGAACACUUCCAACAAACUGGAACUUGCCUUGGAUGAAGACUCUAUUUUCUACAAGCUUGGCAGUUCAGGACUCAUCUCUUUCUCAGACUUUAUAUUUUUGCUUACUGUCUUGUCAACAUCGCGUCGUCACUUUGAAAUUGCUUUUCGUAUGUUUGACUUGAAUGGUGAUGGAGAUGUGGAUUAUGAGGAAUUUGAUAAAGUAGCAACACUGAUUCGCAAUCAAACAAGCAUUGGAGCACGUCAUCGAGAUCAUGCUAAUACGGGAAAUACUUUUAAAGGUGUCAACUCUGCUCUCAGUACUUACUUCUUUGGGAUAACACUGAGGGAAAAGCUGACCAUUGAGAAGUUCUUGUUCUUUCAGCAGCAACUACAACAAGAAAUUCUCAGUUUGGAGUUUCGUCGUAAGGGUCCUAAUGAUGAGGGUUUGAUAUCAGAAGCAGACUUUGCUGAGCUGCUGAGUGCUUACGGUGGUUAUCCAACAAACAAGAAGGCACGAAUGCUCAAGAGAGUAAAAAAAGCAUUCAAGGGUGAAGCUUCUCAAGGAAUUAGCCGCGAUGAUUACUUAAAGUUCUUCCACUUCCUCAAUAACAUCAAUGAUGUUGAUACAGCCUUAACUUUCUAUCACAUUGCUGGAGCUUCAAUUGAUCCAGCAACCCUGAAACAUGUGGCCAAGACUGUUGCACAUGUUGAGCUCUCGGACCACGUUGUCAAUGUUGUCUUCACACUUUUUGAUGAUAACAAUGAUGGUCAACUCAGUAAUCGGGAGUUUGUUGCAGUGAUGAAAAACAGAUUGCAGCGUGGCUUAGAGAAACCCAAAGAUACAGGAUUUGUGAAGCUUAUUGUUUCUAUGUUUAAGUGUGCAGGAGAGACAAAGCCAGUUCUCUUGGAUAUAUGAGGAAAGGUUCGUGUGCGGGAUGCAGACUUACAAGAAGAGUGGAAGAGACAUUGUGAAGGGUGUAACUGCCGAGGUCAGGGAAACAACUUAGAAGAACAUGAUCAUGAUGAUAAAAAAGAGUGAAGUAUUAUCAUGUAACAAUGUGAAGAACUAUGAGAUAAAAAAAAUCUACACCUGUGUUUGAUGGUGAAAUGUUAAUGCUGUAUAAAGAUGUGGUGGCCAGUAGAGAAUGAGACUUUAAAGUACAAUGUGGAAGGAAUACUAUAAUAUUAAGAUUUUCAGAUUCAAGAUAAAGGAAAAUGAGCAGAUAUAUGUUACAGGGGUUCUAUGGAUAUGAAUACAAACGAGAAUUAAUGUAAAAAAAGAAAAUAAAGAUUGAUGAAUAUUUUUUUAAUUAGUUUUGCCUGUUUGGGGCUUUAGAGAGAGUGAAUGCAUUUUUUUUAAUUAAUGUUAAUAUCAAACUAAAGAUAUACAGAACAAAUUAGGCUUGUGAAGCAAGGAGUAAAUUUAUAUGAACAUUUGAAGUGUGAGUCAGAUUGAUUAAUAACCUUAGAAACAAAUGUUAUAUGAUAGUUUUUUCCAUUCCCCAUAGCACUCAAUAUCCCUCUAGGCAAUAAACUUAUACAGUAUCUGUAAACCAAACAGUACUAGGUGCUGAUAAUGAUUAUAAAGAGAUAGAUCUGCAUUAUCCUUACAUAUUUCAUGUGCAAGUUUUAUGAGUUUACAAAAGAGCUGCACACCCAAUUUUUGUCUUGGGCAGAAUCACAGCAGACUAAACACUUGCCAUAUACUCUUAAAUGGAAAAAAGUGUCUUUCAUGAUCUAUUUCAUAUUUUCUUCAUUAUUUCUGUGUCUCACCUCUAUAUCUUCUUAUCAACUUCUUCUCUACCCUCCUGCAUAUAUGACAAGGUAGCAUGUGUACCUCUUACAUAUUGUAUUAUAGUGCAAGUAGCUAAAAUGGAGACUUCUUUAACAGAGGUACUGUACUGAGAAUUAGUAGUGUGUCUUUGGUGCUUGAAAGUGUAGGAUUGGUUAGUUGGUGGUGAAAAUAUUUGGAAAAAUCCUUGUGCAUGACCAACUUUCUUUUGCAGAAAAAAAUGCAUGUACAUACAGUAAUACCCAAAUGAACACUAUUACAUUAUGCUACGAAUGUAGAAAGUACAAUAAAUAGAUAAAAAAUCAACACUACAGAUUGAAAAUAGUGCAAUAGAGCAUGAUAAUGUAACUACAUACAUGCAAAGCUUUCAAUAUCUAGUGUAUAACGAGUGCUAGUAAUACCAUCAGUAGACCUUGUUUGUUGCUGGUGUUAGCUUUCUGAUGUAACACUAACUUUGAGUACAGUAUUAGGAUAACUACAGUACCAUGUUUCAUAUAAUUAUCAGAAGUUUUUCAUUAGAUAUGGUAGUCUUGUUUGAAAAAAUUUAAGCUUCAUAUGGACAUAUGCAAAUGUUAGUAAAUUUAUAAAACACAGUUAUAUCCAUUUUCAAGUUAUUUUGUAUUUUGUUUAAAAUAUUUACUUGUUAUGAGUAAGUAGGAGGAGUAUUCAUUUUGUGAAAAGAAUUGUCUGUUAUAACCACAUAAUUGAGAAAGUGUGUGCUGAACUUUGUACAAAUGUGUGAUGCCUGCUAAUGUUCAGAAAGUAAUUAGAAAUUGUUACAUAAAAUAUUCUAGUCAAAACCAUUUUUUUAUAUCUGCCAAACUUGUUAGGAAAUACAGUGCUAAGUCGUAGGAUGUCUGUUUGCUGUUAUUAAAGUUAUAGAUUUACAGUUGAGAAUGUGGUCGUCUUUGAUAAAAUUGGGAGAGUAUAUGAAUAUGAGUACAGUACUAACUGAUGUAUGAAUAUGCAGGACACAGUAGUUUAUCUGAUUAACUUCUCAGAAUACCCAUUUACUUCUCCAAUUAAUCAUCAUGUACUAUACAGUAGCUGAUAAUGAUUAUAAAGAGAUUGAUCUGUGGCGGAUGGCUAUUUUUCUGACUUCAUUGUCAUGAAAGAUUAUUGGGUUAUUCUUAUGGGUUAUUCUUCCCACAUAAAAAGUUGUUGAAAAAAUAAUGAAAUGAAAGAAGACCAACCAAGAUAGUGUCCAUCUUCUGUAGUGUAAGUACAGUAUUUAUAAACUGUCACCCAUUUUUUCUAGUUAACAUUAAUGGCUUGAAAGACUUGAGAACAGAUUGAAAGAGUAGUUAGGUGUUUCUCAAAGACUGACUAUUGACAAUGGUCCAGUUAAGGCAUGUCAUUUUAUGAACAUAAAUUUUAUAUUGGCAGUUAAUAGAAUUAUACAUACAUAUACGAUACACAGUAUACUUUCUGCAGAAUAAUUUAUAUUAUUGUUUGCACUACUGUAUAUGGAAGUUGAAUUGAAUUGAAUUGAAACAGUUUAUUUAGAGUCCACAUGUUUUAAGGACUGACGAGAUAUAUUAUUGUUUAUAUUAUUUCCGUAGUCUGAAGCAUUCUUAAGGGUGAGAAUUGGUUAACCUUACUAUGUUAUGACUGAGUAACAUCAAAUUUAGCAGACACUUGAAACCUCAUACAGUAGAAUACCUAUUAGGAAGAUGGUAACAAGCAUGCUGUUCAUACAUCAAUCCACAUGUAAUAGUUUCCCAUUAAGUUUUAUUCCAAAAUUAUUAGUAUUUUUAUUUCACUCUGGCAAGCCUUUUCCCAGUAUGAUGCAGGAUGGCUGAUAUUAAGAGCAAAACACUUAACCUUUAUUCUCUGUUAAUUAUAAAGUAGGAGUCCAGUAGUGCAGUGUGUCAUGUGCCUGUGUGUCAGCCAUUGGACUGUGCUCUCCUAACUAAAUGGGGUGGAUAGUGUGUGCUAGACCUUAUAAUGAAGAGUUUAGUAUACAGUACUGUACUAUAAAAACAAAAAUAAAAAUCCUGAUAUCUAUUAAUAAUCAAAUUGUGUUUAUUGAGACUUAUUCAAGAAUGAACCAGUCAAUAUUUGUACUGCAGAAUGGACAUGACAAUAUGUAGUACUUAUGUAUCAGAUGUUCACAAAUGAAAUGUAUUAAGAGUAUGAUGAGUAUUUAUUCAUGAUUAAGAUAAUCAGUGGACUGUCGUAUCGGUAAAACUGGCAAAUGUGUAAAUGGAUACAGUAUCUAAUGUUUUAAGUACUUCACAGUACAGGUAUAUUAAAGUGAGUAAAUGUUAGUGAAUU